AUGCUAGAAGUUCAUACACAGGUUGUUGGCAUCAACAAUCUCGAGAGUUCCGCAUUUGGGGCUAAUUCGAAGUCUGUGGGUUCUACACCUGAAUCUACUGAGGCCACUUCAAUAAAUAUCACCAAUUCUGGGAAUAAUAGAGGUGGAAUAAAUGACUCAACCCAUCCCUACUUUCUUCACCCCUCUGAUUCACGAGGAAUGAAGUUGGUAAACACAAGCUUUGAUGGUAGAAGCUAUGGAGGGUGGCGCAGAUCCAUCCUUAUAGCUUGUUUUGCCAACAACAAGGUAGGAUUCAUUGAUGGUACCUGCCUUGCACCAAGCUCAGAAACACCUGACUUUAAACUGUGGAGUAGGUGUAAUGACAUGAUGAUAUCUUGGCUAUUGAACUCUCUUUCGAGAGAAAUAGCUGAUAAUGUCAUAUACUCUCAAACAACCAAAGAUCAGUAG